AUGAAGGCAGGCUCAAACGCUAUCCAGCAGACGCUGACGCCGGAGGCGGCGGCGGUGCUCAACCAGUCCGUGGCGGAGGCUGGCCGCCGCAAGCACGGCCAGACUACGCCGCUCCACGUGGCGGCGAUGCUUCUGAAGUCGCCGUCGGGGGUUCUGAGGCAGGCAUGCAUCUGGUCGCACCGCAACUCGAGCCACCCGCUCCUGGGCCGCGCGCUGGAGCUCUGCUUCGGCGUGGCGCUCGACCGUCUGCCAGCGGCGACGGGUCAGGGCGUGGCGGACGCGCCGCCGCCGGAGCCGCCGAUCUCCAACGCGCUUUUGGCGGCCCUGAAGAGGGCGCAGGCGCGCCAGCGCCGCGCGUGCCCGGAGCAGCAUCCUCUCCUCGCCCUGAAGGUCGAGCUCAAGCAGCUGAUAAUCUCGAUACUCGACGAUCCCACCGUGAGCCGCGUGAUGAGGGAGGCCAAGUUCUCCAGCAUCGCCGUGAAGGCCUCCGUCGAGCAGUCGUUGAAAAAUUCCAACAGCCGCGUAGAACAGCUACAUAUCGGGAAUACAAAUUUUGUGGUGGAUAUCGAUCAAAGAACGAUCCUGAAUUCCCGUCAAAUCCCGGUGACUCAGUCCAAUCGGAGCUUCUGCGUGAAUCCGCUCCUGCCACAUCAGCCUCAGACACCCACAGCACAAAUUGGGAAAACUGUCGGCGAUGAAGUGAAAAAGGUGUUUGAUAUAAUGUCCAGCAGCAAAAAGAGAAACCCGAUUCUGGUGGGGAUUUCUGAGCCUGAGGCCGUGGCCAAGGGAUUCUUCAGGAAAAUAAAAAACAACGAAUUCGGAAAUGAUCUUCUGAAUAUGAAGAAUUCUCAGAUAGUUUCAAUAGACAAAUGUCUUCCUCUGUAUGAUAUUAAUCUAAUGGCCUCAAAGAUGGACGAAUUUGGACGGAUGAUCGAGAGCAGAAUUGUGAAAGGUGGUGUGAUUCUUGAUCUUGGGAACUUGAGGUGGCUGGUGGAGCAGCCGGCGGAGGCUGCAAGUUCCAGUGGGGCCCAGCAGCUACUAAAUGGGCCGGUUGUGCCCGAGGCCCGACGGGCCAUUGUGGUGGAGAUUUCGAAGCUGCUGGUAAGUUUUGGUGGUGUAGAUGGAGUUCAAUAUGAGGGUAAUAAGCUCUCGUUGAUUGGGACCGCAACUUACGACACAUAUACAAAGUGCAUGGUUUACCAUCCUACCAUGGAGAGUGACUGGGGUUUGCAGGCCGUGACUAUUACGUCGACUUCUCCUAUUCCACGAAUGUUCCCGAGGCUUGGACCUGAGAGGAUCAUGAGCAACCCAUUGGAGCCUAUACCAAGUCCGUUACCUACUUUAGAAUUGCGUACACCUGGAAAUUCGGAUUCUGCUCAAAUUCAACCUAUUCCGAGUCCUUUACCUGGUUCAGCAAGGCUCAUACCUGAAAAUUUAGAUCCUACUCAAAAACCCAUCGUCUGCCCUCAGUGCUCAGUAUAUUACCAAAAAGAUGUAGUGAAAUUUGCAGCCAUAGAGCAGUCAUCAUCUCAAUCCAAACAGGAUGAGGCUCGAUCUUCCCUGCCUUGGUGGCUGCAAAACGCCAAAGGCAAACUCAAAAAUCCCGACGCUGAAACAACCGGUGAACUUCAAGUUUGGUUUACUAAAACAAUUAAGUUAAUACGUUUACAGGGAAAGGAUCAAGGUGUACUUUCCCAGCAGAAAACUCAAGAAUUGCUGAAGAAAUGGAGGGACACGUGCUUGUAUAUUCAUCCCGAUUUUCAUCAAAGAACUCGUCCCGAAAAACCUGCCCUGCCUCCAAACUUGCUCGAGUUUCCCCCUUUGCAGCCUAUCAACGUGCGGCGGUCUAAACCGGUGGUAAUCUCAGACCUGCAGCUGAGCAUCGACCCAGUCACCCCCCAACCCGCCCCACCGAUCCGCCCCACGAGCCCCGUUCUCACGGACCUUGUCCUCGGAACCAAGUUCCCAGAGGAUCUUCCGGCCAAAGACCUCCUCAGCUGCAUCUCGUCCGAGCCCCAAUUCUCCCGCCACCUGGACGCCAGCUCGCACAAGAAUCUCCUCAACGGCCUGAUGGAGAAUGCCUGGUGGCAGGCGGAGGCCGCCUCAGCCGUGGCUACGGCCGUCAUGCGCAACAGCAAGCAGCGCGGCUGUGGAAGGAACGACUCGUGGCUGCUGUUCGCCGGGCCCGACCGCGUCGCCAAGCGCAAGAUGGCUCGCGUUUUGGCCGAGCAGAUCUCCGGGUCGGGCCCGGUUAUCAUCUCCCUCGGCCCGAAUCAGGAGCGCGGCCGCACGGCGGUCGACCGGAUCGUGGAAGCCGUCCGCCGGAACCCGUGCUCGGUGAUCGUGCUCCGAGACAUCGACGAGGCGGACAAUAUCGUGCGCGGGAACGUAAAACGAGCGAUCGACCGCGGAUGGCUCGCCGACUCCCAUGGCCGCGAGGUCGGUCUCGGGAGCGCGGUUUUCAUCGUUACCGGCGAUUGGUCGACGAUUAGUGAAGAAGCAUUACGUGACGGGCAGUAUGUCGACGAGCGGAAGGUGAAUUCCACGGCUGGCGGGAGCUGGCAGCUGGGGCUGAUUGUUCGGGAGAAGAUUAUUGUGGCCGGGAAUAAGCGGCGGGCCUCACACGACGGGCGGGGCGCGAUGCGGAUGACGAGGCCGAGGCUGAGGCUGGAGCUAAAUCUGGGGAUGUUGUACGAGGAAGAAUCGAGCGACGUGAAGAAGAAGAAUGCGGUGUAUGAUGACGUGGCGGGUUUCUCGAUAGUGUCGCUGCCGUAUGACCUGGCGAGCGUUGUGGACGAAUCGAUUGUGUUUGGACCGGUCCAGGCGGAGGCCGUGCGUCGGGAGAUCAAGAAGAAGAUAGCGGUUAGGUUCUCGGAGGAGGUGGGGGGAGAUGAGGUGGCGAUCGAGAUAGGGGAUGACGUGGCGGAUAAGAUAUUGGGGGGAGUGUGGCACGACGAGACGAGCUUGGAGCAGUGGGUGGAAGGGGUGAUACGGCCGAGUUUCGAGGAGCUGAAAAUGCGCCUGCCGAAUGGAGACAGGAGGAGCAUGGUGGUCCGGCUGGUGGUGGAGUCGGAUUCGAGCGGCCGGGGGAAGAAGAGCAGGGAGAAUGUGGACUGGCUGCCGAACAGCAUCUUGGUGUAG